AUGUCAUCUCCACCCUCUACCCCUCACAAGCAAAUAAAGCGCGAUAGUGCCAGUGCAAAUGGACUCCUCACACCUCCAAUUUCGGCGCUGAAGAAGCGGAGGCUGUUUGCCGAAGACACUUCUAGUUUAUCUUUGGAAUCGCCCACCAAAAAACGUGUUCAAGUUCCUCAGUUACCGAUAACCCCAAGGAAGGAGCUAAAUUCAGUGGCUCCGUCUCCUCAAAAACUAGUAUUCGGUAAAGAUUCUGUAUACUCCAAAACAAAAGCCCUUUUGCAAAGAUCGGCCGGUAUAUUUGCCGAAGAAGAGUCUGGGUGUCUUCCUACAAGGAGGGCGCAAUACGACGAUAUUGUGAAAUUUAUUGAUAGCAACGUUUCAGCUCACACUAGUAGCUCACUCUACAUCACUGGGCCACCAGGGACUGGAAAGACAGCACAGGUAGACUCAGUAAUAAAAAACUGUUUUUUACCCGUUGUUCUACCCUCGUUUAAAAACAAGUGUAAAGAGUUCAAAGUUAAUCGUUUGAACCCUAGUUUGAAAAAUCAAUCGUACUUCCAGCUGUCGAAUGGAAGAGUAGAAAAUGUAGCUAUAACAACGAUAAAUUGUAUUGCUUUGAGUCAUCCCAGUGUUAUCUUCCAUAAGAUAUUUGACUCUUUUUGCAGUAAUGCGAAUACCAACCUGGAUCAUAACACCUCGGUAAAAACCGUGGCAGAUCUUCAAGAGUUUAUGGAGACUCAUUCACCUCAAACAACUUUCAUAGUGGUGUUGGAUGAGUUGGACAAACUUUUGGGGGGAGGCACCGCAGAUACGCAAGUCACCAAGAUUAUCUUUGAAUUGUUCUUAUUAGCGCGGUUACCUACUGUUAAUUUCCUGAUGAUUGGGAUUGCUAACAGUUUAGAUCUGAAGGAGAGGUUCCUUACCCGCUUGAAUUUGAGACAGGACCUGCUGCCAAAGACAAUUCUUUUCGACCCAUACAGUGCGGAGGAGAUGUUCCAAAUCGUGAUGCAUCGUUUGAGUCUGCUAGAUGAGGCAAAAUCCGUUUUCAACCCAAUUGCCAUCAAAUUUGCCGCAAAAAAAUGUUCUGGUAACACAGGUGAUGUAAGAAAGGUAUUUGACGUGUUGAGGUCAAGCAUAGAGAUUGUUGAACUUGAAUCAGUGAAAAAAAUGAAAAUGGAGCAAACAGAACAGUUCCAACCCAUUAGAGUCGGGAUGCCACAUGUGGCAAAAGUGUUUGCCCAAAUCACUAGUUCCGCUUCUACGAAAUCUAUCAUCAACAAGUUGAACUUGCAACAAAAAAUUAUCUUGUGCACAUUGGUACAUCGAGAGAACACGGAUGUUUUUCAAAGUUACUGUUCGAUAGAUGAUGCAUAUGAUUACUACUGUAAAUUUGUGGCCAAAAGAGACGCUCUGAAACCAUUGAAGCGUAAUGAGUUCUACGAGAUAUCGAACGCCUUAGAAACGUGCGGGGUGGUGACAGUAUCCCAAGGUAAGGUACCGGGGAAGACCAAGCAAGUGGUAAAGAUGAUCAAGACGAACAUUGAUGAAAAAGAAUUUGAAGAAGAAGUUGGAAAGAUGGAGAUUUUAAAAAGAUUCCUGUAA